CACUGUCCACUGUCAAACUCUCAAUGGUUUCUUCUCAGACCGUCUGUUGUUGACGUCUGGUUCUUGGAUUGGUAAUCCAAAAUCAUCGUAAUUAUUUGCGAUCUUAAUACAGAAAAUUGAAACGAAACUAGAACAAAAUGCCCCCAAAGUUCGACCCCACUGAAGUUAAACUUGUUUAUUUGAGAUGUGUUGGAGGUGAAGUGGGAGCUACUUCAUCGCUGGCCCCCAAAAUCGGUCCCUUAGGUUUGUCCCCAAAGAAAGUUGGAGAUGACAUUGCUAAGGGAACCGCUGAUUGGAAGGGUCUGAAAAUCACCGUACAACUGAAAAUCCAAAAUCGUCAAGCGACUAUUUCAGUUGUGCCUUCUGCGGCGUCUAUGAUUAUUAAGGCCCUCAAAGAACCCCCAAGAGACAGAAAGAAGCAGAAAAAUAUUAAGCACAGUGGGAACAUUUCCUUCGACGACGUUGUGGACAUUGCCAGACAAAUGAGGCCUCGAUCAAUGGCCAAGAACCUAUCCGGAACCGUGAGGGAAAUUCUGGGUACUGCCCAAUCAGUUGGUUGCACGAUAGACGGAAAGGCGCCCCACGAUGUCAUUGACGAAGUCAAUGACGGGAGCAUCGAGGUCCCCGAAGAAUAAACUUUGGGACAUUAAACAAUUAAGUUAA